AUGCGUCAGUGGUACUUCGUAUUUUGCUUCGCCUUUUGUCUAGAUCAAGGGAAUUAUUGCACGAAAAAGGCAUUGUCCGGACUAGCAUCGUCUACGAACUCUUUUCUUUUCUUCCUUCUUCCUUCUUCCUUCUUCCUUCUCCCCAUUUCUCUUACAAAAGCAAUACUACCUUCAUACCGACAAUUUUUGCAUGGGAUACAGACAUGCUUAUACCGACUUUUCGCUUCCUGCAAGAUAUCUCCUUCUGCGUGCAAUCAUAGCGUUCUGACUGGCCCGUACAGAUAUUACUGCUUACUACUACUGCUGCUACUACAAUGUGGUAGCAUGUCUGCUUGUAUCCCCAGUCUGCGCCUCAGCUCAUGUCGUUUACCCCUUUUUCUUUGUGACGUCGGUCAAGACAAUUCUCUUCAACAUCAGACGACAAGCGCAUCCUCCUCGCCAUCAAAUGCUGCCCUCCGCUUCCUUCCGCUGGCUUUAGAGCGCGGCCUGGUGCUGCGGCUCACGUCUCCGGCUGCUCGCCGAUUUCUAGAAGACAGCUUGAAAGUGGCCCCCGGUAAAGUGCUGGCCUGGCCUCGCUAG